UUUAAAAAGGCUCCAAUCACAUGACCACACCAACACGCAUGAAGGCACCAAAAACCGGGACCCAACCCGGUGUGAAUGGAGCAUCAGUGACGUCACGAUCACCCACAACAGGAAGAGGACAGGCUUCGACGCUUCCGUUUUCUUAAAGCAUGUAAAGUAGGAAAUGUCCAAGUCACCCGAUAAACAAAUUCUAUUGUAUUAGUUCACAUUUUAGCGGAGGCCUAAUUACAUCAUUUAAACACACAGACAUGAUUCCCCAGCAAGGUGGACGAUUAUGCAAAAUAAUCCAUCCACUUACAUAUAAAACAUUUUUUUGUGUUUAUUGAACACUGACUCCCCAUCUUUUUUGGUCCUAUUGUGUUGUCCUGCUGAGUGAGUUUACAGGCAGGUUUGCUAUGAUACCCGUGGCUCUACUUUAUGCCAUUCACUACAUUAUGGUGAGUGAUAUCAAGUGUCAGGCCUCGGACCUUUUAGCCACACAGUGUUUUUAAUGGCCUGCUGUGCAUCAAUAAUCAAGUAGAAGUAGUGUACCAAGGCUGUUCAGUCGGUUACGUCAUUGCACAUCCAUGCGUACUCAGAAGAUCGUUUACAAUGUAUUCAAAUGUUUUCCUUUUCUUUUCUUUGGACAUUUUCUAAGUCAGUAACCCAUUCACCAGGGAACGUGUCAACCUUUCAACAGCAGAUGGCAGCAGAUGGCCUCUGAAGACCUGCACAUUUGUACCACAGUGUGAGUUAUGUCCACUGAAAAGAAACAACGGGGCUUCAUUUAUUGUGGGAUCACAGCGCGUCACACAUGUGUUGCUGUUGACCGUCCGGCGCGUCUUGGAACGUCUUUAGUGAGAUUGAGCGAUCGGGAUACACAGUCUAUUAGGAAGCAUCAUCCCAGAAAAGUGCUGGACCUUUUGCGCAGAACUGUGUGCGUGAGAACUCUCGUUUGGGGAGAAGGGUCACAGCUGCAGCAAGGUGGGAAGUGGAUGCCCGUUCACGUCGUGGAGACUGCUGGGGACGGGCCAUCGUGCACGUGGCCAUUGAUGCAUCUGGGUCACCUUCUGAACCACCGGGAGUUUGCGUUCAGCCCGCUGGCGGAUCCUGCGGACCAGAGCCGAUCUGCAAAUUGACCUAAGUUUCCCCAACAUGCAUUUCGACCAGAUUCUCUCCGCCAUCGGAGGCUUUGGCAAGUUUCAGAAGAUGUUGUACGUGUGGAUUUGUUUACCCCAGAUCCUCCUGGCCUUCCACAUGAUGGUGAGCAUCUUUACCGGCUCCACGCCGCCCCACCACUGCCGGGAGAGCUCCUCCGUCCCCGCGCCCGGGAAUCAGUCCUCUUUCCCCGGCGCACUCGGCCUGAACUUCAGCCUCUCCGAAUCCUCCUGCUUCUCUUCUGACCGUCGACUCCUGGGGAACCGGACUGAGCGCGUGCCAUGUGCCCGCGGAUGGGUCUACGGCAGGGAGACUUUCCACAGCACGACGGUCACCGAGUGGGACCUGGUGUGUGACAAAGCGGCGCUGAACUCUCUCGGUUCGUCCGUCUACAUGCUCGGCCUGUUGGUGGGCUCGCUGCUGUUCGGGGCCAUGGCCGACAGGUUCGGCCGACGUUUCGUCCUGCUGCUCUCCAUCGCUCUCCAGACUGUGUUUGGAGUCUCUGUGGCCUUUGCGCCCAACUUCCCCGUCUAUGUGAUCCUUCGCUUUUUAGUUGGCACCACGAUAUCAGGAGUCAUCAUCAAUGCCUUUGUACUAGGCACCGAGUGGACGUGCACCAGGAGGCGCAUGCUCGCCGGUAUCUUCACCGACUAUGCGUUUGGUCUGGGCUACAUGCUGCUUGCAGGCAUAGCUUACCUGAUUCGAGACUGGAGAAAGUUGCAGCUAGCCAUCUCAGCCCCGGGCUUCCUGCUAAUCUUCUACAUAUGGGUGCUUCCUCAGUCCGCCCGGUGGCUGCUGGCCAACGACAGGACGGAGGAAGCCGUGGAACUCCUCCGCAAGGCGGCGCACGUUAACGGCCGCGUCUUCCCUCCUGCUGCACAAGUUGAGAAGUGUCAGAUUUUAGCUGGAAGGAAACAAGGUCACUCAGCAGUGGACCUCGUGCGAACACCUCAGAUGAGAAAGAGAGCCAUCAUCUUGUUCUACAUCUGGUUUGUGAACGUGCUGGUGUACUACGGCCUCUCUUUCGGCGUGUCCCGCCUGGGGACCAACCUCUACCUGAGCCAGUUCGUGUUCGGGCUGGUCGAGAUCCCGGCCCGUUCCCUCGUCCUGCUCGUCCUGCCCUGCACCCGCAGGCUCUCCCAGAGCGGAUUCCUGGCGGUCGGCGGGCUCGCCUGUCUCCUCAUGCUCGCCGUCCCCGCAGACCAUCCCAAAGUCCUGACUGGCCUCGCUAUGGUCGGGAAGUUUGGAAUAACGGCGUCCUUUGCCGUGAUCUACGUGUACACCGCUGAGAUAUUCCCCACCGUGCUGCGGCAAACGGGGAUAGGUGUGUCCUGCACGUUCGCCAGGGUGGCCGGCGUGUUGGCGCCGGCUAUAAACAUGCUUCACGCCCACAGCCCCGCAGCCCCUCUGGUCAUCUUUGGCGCCUCCCCGUUGCUGGGCGCCGCCCUCGCCCUGGCUCUGCCCGAAACGGCCGGCCGACCUCUUCCCGACACGGUGGAGGAUGCGGAGAACUGGGAUGUGAGUUUGCCCUUCAGCCAGGAGACCUCUGAGAUGUCUGAGGACAUGAGCCAAUCAGCGAGCAGCACGGAGGAGCAGCAGCUACGACAGUGUGAAGAGAGACGCAGACGUACCACACAGUCUGACCUCACCUGACCUUACCAGCCCGACCCACCACAGAGCCUGACCUUAGCUGACCUUACCAGCCCGACCCACCACAGAGCCUGACCUUAGCUGACCUUACCAGCCUGACCUACCACAGAGCCUGACCUUAGCUGACCUUACCAGCCCGACCCACCACAGAGCCUGACCUUAGCUGAAGUUACCAGCCCGAACCCACCACAGAGCCUGACCUUAGCUGACCUUACCAGCCCGACCCACCACAGAGCCUGACCUCACCUGACCUUACCAGCCCGACCCACCCCAGAGCCUGACCUUAGCUGACCUUACCAGCCCGACCCACCACAGAGCCUGACCUUAGCUGACCUUACCAGCCCGACCCACCACAGAGCCUGACCUUAGCUGACCUUACCAGCCUGACCUACCACAGAGCCUGACCUUAGCUGACCUUACCAGCCCGACCCACCACAGAGCCUGACCUUAGCUGAAGUUACCAGCCCGACCCACCAC